AGGCGCAGGAGGAUCACAGGAGAUCGGCCCACGGAGGAUGGAAUCUCUCAGCCUUCGGCAACUGCUGCUGAUCGGGAUCUGCCUCCAGCAAGGAGCAGUGGCAACAGGACCAGUCUGUGGCCAGCAGAGAAUCUUGGGCCGGAUCGUCGGUGGGGUCAAUGCCCGGAGAGGCGAGUGGCCCUGGCAGGCCAGCCUGCAGCUCCGUGGGGAGCACAUGUGUGGAGGGACCCUGAUUGGUGACAAAUGGGUUCUUUCAGCCGCUCACUGCUUCAUUGGGAAGGACACAACCAGGGACUCAUCCUCCUGGAACGUGGUACUGGGGCGUCUGAAGCUGAGAGGUGGCCGUCUGCCGGGCAUAGUGCGGAACGUGUCCGAGAUCAUCACCCACGAGAAGUACAAAGACUUCACUAAGGGCUUGGACAUUGCCCUGCUGAGGCUGGCUGAGCCCGUCCCUUUCAGCCGUGAUGUAGCCCCCAUCUGCCUGCCUUACGCCAACCACCAAUUCGCCUUCGGGUCCAAGUGCUGGGCCACCGGCUGGGGCAGGGUGAAGGAGGACAUGACCCUCCCACCUCCCAAGCCUCUCAAGAAGGUGGGGCUGGACUUACUCAGUGCAGAAACCUGCAACUGCAUCCACAAUAAUCUGCGCCAGAAGGAGCUCGCCAGCCCCGCCGGGCCAGGGCUGAUCUGUGCCGGGUAUCAGAAAGGGGGAGUGGGGCCUUGCCAGGGUGAUUCCGGGGGGCCGGUGGCCUGCUUCGAGGACGGGACGUGGUUCCAGGCCGGGAUCCUGAGCUUCUCAGUGGGCUGUGCCCGGCCCCACAGCCCCAUCCUGCUGACCGAGGUCACUGCCUACGCCGACUGGAUCCAGAACCAGACAGAGGGAGCCUCCUUCACUGUCCAGACUGCACCGCCCCCCGUCAGCAGUGACCAUGAAAAGUGCAGAGGUUGUGGGAAGCUGAACGGAUCCGAGCUGAGUGUCACUGCCAAGGGGCCUUGGCCCUGGUACGUGAGCCUACAAUAUAGGGGGCAGCACAUCUGCGGGGGAGCACUGAUCUCUGAGAGCCGGGUGCUGGCGGCCGCUCACUGCUUCAUCGGGCGGCAAAACCGCAGAGCCUGGAAGGUGCUCCUGGGUGAACAGCGGGAGGGGGAAGAGCCACGCUGGCAAGAAGAGAGGGGCCUUCGGAAGCUCAUCCUCCACGCAGCCUACGUGAAUGUGAAGACGGGAUUUGACAUCGCGCUGCUGAGGCUCGACAAGCCAGUGGUGUUUGGGGAGAACAUCUGGGCUGUCUGCGUCCCCUACAAGACACACCGAUUUCAGCUCGGCGGCACCUGCUGGGUCAGGGGACGGGAAAAUGAUCGGGCUCCCCCACCGCAGUCGCUACAGGGCAUGGAGGUUGGUCUCAUGGGACCUGUCGCCUGUAACUGCACCUACAACCAGUCCGGCUCUGCUGGCGAGGCAGUGUCCAUCCUCCCAAACAUGCUUUGCGCUGCUCUACAGGAGAAAAGCACCAGCUGUGAGGGCGAUGAUGGGGGACCUCUGAUUUGCAAUGAGAAGGGCACCUGGUACCUGACUGGCCUCUCCAGCUUUCACAAUGGCUGCGGGAGGAAGAGCCAGCCCGGGGUGUACACAGAAGUUAGCGCAUACGAGGAAUGGAUCUUGGACAUCACGCGGGAUGGUUACUUUGCCAAGCAGCCCAUGCCACUUCCAGAGGUCCUAGAAGAGGACAAAUGCCCAGUGAAGCCUACUCCAACUUCCGGUGGAGACGGGGAAAAGCCAGUGCCAACUACUGUUGGUACCACGCCUGGGGAAGCUUCCGGUGGAGACGGGGAAAAGCCAGUGCCAACUACUGGUGGUACCACGCCUGGGGAAGAUUCUGGUGGAGAGGAGGAAACGCCAGUGACACCCACCGGUGCCACAGAAGAGGAAGGUUCCGGUGGAGAGUGGGAAAUUCCAGUGCUAUCCGGCUUUGCCCGACGAAGAGAAGCUUCCGGUGGAGAGUGGGAAAUUCGAGUGCUAUCCGGCUUUGCCCGACGAAGAGAAGCUUCCAGUAGCCAGGGGCAGAAGCGAGUGCCACCUGGUUGUGCCAAACGAGGGGCAGAUAAAAACUGGAAGGGACACAAGGGAAAGAUCUGUGUGUAUUAGCUACCGACCCACAGAAGAGAAUUCUGGCUCCGUCUGUUUGCUUCAUCCAAUGGCAGAUUGUCACUUGCUAAUCGGCAGCUCUCUCUGUUUCCUGUGCGGUCCCAGCUGCUGAGAUGUCGAAUCGGGCACGAGAGAAGCCACUCGCCUUCAUUUGUGUUACGAUCCCUUCCCGGUGGGAUCUCCUACCCAGCAUCCUAUGGAUUUAGAAAUGACAUUUCCUGAUGCCACAAUGCAACUGGCUCUGGGGAGGAACAUUUUUGUUUAACUGCCUAUUAAUUAUUAUUAUUAUUAAUAAUAAUGUUACAAUAGUAUCCAGAGAUUCUGAGAUCGGGGACUCCACUGUGCUGAGCACGGCACAGAUCCCAACCGAGAUUGGGGGUCCCCAUUGCGCCACGUUCUACACAGACCCUGACCGAGAUCGGGGGCCCCCCGUCGCACCGGGCGCCUCACAGCUCAGGGACCCUGUUGUACCGGGUGCUGCAUGGACCCCGACUGAGAUCCGGGUCCUCGCUUUGUUCAUAGCGCACCAGAGGCGAUGUUUGCAUCCGAAGUCUGAUCGUCAACGCUGCGGUGACCUUGGCUUUCCCCCACUCCCACCCCAGAUUGGGUUUCAUUUGCCUCGUGUACAUAUAUCACCUGGAGGGAGGUGUAAUGAUCUUGGGUGUUACAAUGGCUUAAAACGAAUGUAAUAUUGUUA